UUUAUUCACUUUUGGCCUACGCUUUCGUUUCUCUUCUCUUUGGAUUUCGAGUUUGCUUUGCUUGGUUGAACUGAAUAUAUAAAAAUGAAUUGUAAUAAAUUUCAAUUUUUUUGGUAGAUAACUGAGUUGGUUAAAGUGAAACUAAUCUUAAUUUUAAAUCUUGUGGAUAUACCUAAUAAAACAUGUCGGUCGCCUUUGCUCCGCGAGGAAAUAGACCUCCAUUAAGUCCGGCACAAAUCCAAAAAAUGUUGGAUGAAAACGCUCACCUUAUACAAACCAUACAAGAAUAUCAAGCGAAGGGACAACUAAUGGAAUGUCAUCAAUAUCAACAGGUCUUACACAGAAACUUAGUUUAUUUGGCGUCUGUUGCUGACGCUAAUCAGAAUCUACAACUAAUCCUACCGCCGCCACACCAACUUGGGGCUGCGCCUGUACCACCCCCAGUGAGUGGAGCAGAAGUAUCUGGUCCGUCACAGCAGCCCUACCGUCCACCAGCGGGGGUUUCGACUACUCCAACAAGACCAACACAAUCAUAUGGCCAAAGACCAUACCCUCAAAAUCAGUAUCAAGGACAGUAUCAGGGAGCACCAGGUUAUCCCCCACAAGGUGGUUAUGGACCCCCCAGUCAAGGUUAUGGACCUCCUAAUCCAUCUCAACAGCCUCAGGGCUAUCCUCCUAACUCUUCCUAUGGGCCUCCUAUCACUACCACACCAAGUAACUAUCCUCCCUCAACUCAUCCUGGACCAGGUUAUCCACCAUCCUCUGCUCAACAACCAUAUGCUCCCCCACCAGGCAGCCCUGGUGCUGCUGGCUCUCCAUACCCAGUUAGAGGAGCUGCUCCUGGGUACACAGGUAAUGCUGCAUAUCCACCUCCACAAUCUGGAUCUAAUUACCCUAAUGUUGGUGUUAGCACAUAUAACUCUACAGUGCAGCAGCCACAGCCGUAUCAGUCACAACCGUUUCCUAACACUACACCUUCUGGCUACAGCUCAACACCAACUUCACAGCCUAAUCGCUCCCCUCAACCCCCACCCAGUGGAUACACCUCUCAAAAUCCUCCUAGCUCUGGCUAUGGUUCUCCAUCUGCACAGUCUCCAACAUAUAAUUCUAGUUCUCAUGCUAAUAAUGCUCCACCUGCUGCAGCAUCAUCGGGACCCCCUGCUCCGGGUGGUCCGCCUGGCCCUGGACAACAGUAUCCACCUCCGGGGCAACAAUCUCCUUAUCCCCCAGCUACUCAACCACCAUAUUCCAAUCCUUCAUCACAACCUGGAAGCCCAGCUCCAUCAGUAUCUACCGCGCCACCUCCACAGCCAUCAUAUCCACAGAAUCCACAAAACUAUCCUCCAGCAGGUGGGGCAUAUCCCCCUCAUGCUUAUCAACAAGGUUAUCCCCCUGCUCAGUACCCUCCUUCUCCAUAUCCCUAUGCUCGUGCUCCGGCGCCUGGAGCUCCGCCUCCUGGGGCUCCACAACCUUAUCCAGGUUACGGAUUUCAACCUCCAGCACAACAGUAGGUUGCUAGUUUCAAGCAGAAGUCAUUUUCACGGUCAAAUUAGAUAUUUGUAAAUAUUUUUUAUAUUAUCAUAAUAAUGGCGAAUAAUUUUAAUGAGUUUAGUAUAAAUCAGGACAUGGCCAAACAGGCAUUGAUUUUAUUAAUAGAUCUAGUUUUAUUGAUCUAUGAACUUAGAUAAAAUAAUUUUAAAACAAUUAUACUGCAAUUUAUGAUUGCUGUGUAGAUUUAGGUAUAAAGCUGUGUCCACAUCCAGGAAAAUAAUUUUAAUUCAAUUAAUAAUUGACACUUCAUAUCUGAAGAUAAUUUUUAUAUUGUCUGAUGUGAUGAACUUUUAAUGAUGUGGACUUGAUGCAAUAUGUUGUGAUCCAAUGAAUUUAAAAAUCAUGGAAUACAUUAAAAGAUAAUUUCCUAAAA